AUGAUCCUAACUUUUUUAUUCAAUCAAGAAAAAAAAGUAAUUAGAAAUGAUAAUUAUGUUGCCUUUAAUUUUAAUAAACCCUUAUCUAAAUAAUAAAAAACCUAAAAUGGCCUAGGAGAGAGGGGCCAAAUAAAUUAUUAAAUAUAAAGAGGGGGAGAGCUUAUGUAAGAAUGUACUGCAAUAAAGAACCAUCUUAGCUAUUUCCUUUAAAAAAACAAGCUUUUACAAAAAUUCACUAUUGAAAUGCAAAAAAUAUUUGUUCAGUUUAGAUAAAGUGAAAAUGAUGAUAAAUAAUAAUGA